AGGGGUCAUUUGCACUCGACAUUCAUUUGGGCACAAGCAUCCCUUGUACUAGGGCUUGCGCGAAGUGAGAAGAGAGGGAAGUUCCACUGAUGCGACCCUAAUCGGAGAAAUAAAGUGGCUUUUUAUUGUGUUUUUCUUUAUUUAUAUUCAAUUUAUUAAUAUUUAUUUUCUUGAUCAGUUUUUGCAGGAAAUAAAGAUUGCAUCUGAGCUUACUUCGUUCACUCAUCCCCAACUUAAUCGCCGUCGUAGCCAACAACAUACUAAUGCACAUGGAUUCCUCCGACGAGGAGGACGAUCGCCGCAACCUUGUUGACCAGAACCACCGCAAACAUUCGUCCCCGUCCCCGGUCGCCGUCUUCCAUGUCGAAGAUCGCUCUCCACGCUUCUUCCGCCGGAAAUUCAUAUACCAGAAGAAGUACAUUGUCGCAAUCCUCGCUUUCCUCCUCGUCAUCCUCUUCUUCUCCGUUGCCAAUUUCCACAGUAUCUUCUCAGGCUCUUCCUUCCAAUUUGAUUCCAUCUCUUAUCGAAUGAAGGAAUCUGAAUUGCGCGCCAUUAACCUCUUGCGGCGACAGCAGCUAGGACUCUUAACCGCGUGGAACACCACGCGUCGGUCCAACGCGUCGGAUCCGAACCAAUUGGAGGAUCUGAAAUCUGUGUUGUUCAAGCAGAUUUCUCUCAACCAAGAGAUUCAGCAGGUUUUGUUGAACCCGCAUUCCACGGGGAACAUAGUUGAGCCUGAGUUCGAUUUAAAUGCUACUCUGAAUGGCGUUGUUUACGAUAAGUGUAGAACGGUGGAUCAAAAUUUGUCGCAGAGGAGAACCAUCCAGUGGAACCCUAGGGAUGGUAAAUUUUUACUUGCUAUAUGCGUGUCUGGGCAAAUGUCUAACCAUUUGAUUUGUUUGGAGAAACAUAUAUUUUUUGCUGCUUUGNUAAAUAGGGCUUUAGUGAUUCCUAGUUCCAAGGUGGAUUACCAAUAUGAUAGAGUGUUGGAUAUUGAUCGCAUUAACAAGUGCUUGGGGAAGAAAGUGGUGUUUCCGUUUGAGGAGUUUUCUAAUUUAAAGAAGGGUCACAUGCACAUUGAUAAGUUUUUGUGUUACUUUUCGAAGCCUACGCCUUGUUACUUGGACGAUGAAUGGUUGAAGAAGUUGGGGGGUUUAGGUGUGACUAUGAAUAAACAAGAAGCUGUGUGGGAUGAGGAUACCCGNAAUCCGAAGAGCAAGACAGUUCAGGAUGUGCUGGGGAAGUUUAACUAUGAUGAUGAUGUUAUGGCCAUUGGGGAUGUGUUCUAUGCUGAAGUGGAGCCAGAAUGGGUGAUGCAACCUGGUGGGCCAAUUGCACACCAAUGCAAGACUCUCAUUGAACCUAAUCACCUUAUUUCACUCACUGCCCAACGGUUUAUUCAGACAUUUCUCGGAAGGAACUUCAUUGCAUUGCAUUUUCGAAGACAUGGGUUUUUGAAAUUCUGUAAUGCUAAAAAGCCAAGUUGCUUUUACCCCAUUCCUCAAGCUGCAGAUUGCAUCUUGAGGGUGGUUGAAAGGGCUGAUGCGCCUAUUAUUUAUCUUUCUACGGAUGCAGCAGAAAGUGAAACUGGACUGCUUCAGUCUCUGGUAGUGUUGAAUGGCAGGCCUGUUCCUCUUGUAAUGCGUCCAGCUCGAAAUUCAGCAGAAAAAUGGGAUGCUUUGUUGUAUAGGCACGGUUUGGAAGGAGAUACACAGGUGGAAGCUAUGCUGGACAAGACUAUAUGUGCCAUGUCUAGUGUGUUCAUCGGAGCCCUUGGUUCCACUUUCACCGAAGACAUCCUGCGGCUGAGAAGGGGUUGGGGAUCCGCGUCGAUAUGUGAUGAGUAUCUUUGUCAUGGUGAAGAACCAAACAUUGUAGCGGAAAAUGAAUAACAACAAAAGCGGUUUUCUCAGGGACCAGCUCGUAUUUGUUGUGCCAUGAUUAGAGAUUUGUCAAUUAAUGCUAAAAAGCCAAGUUGCUUUUACCCCCAUUGCUGCAGAUUGCAUAUUGAGGAUGGUUCAAAGGACUGAUGCGUCUACUAUUUUUUUACGGAUGCAGCAGAAAGUGAAACUGGACUGCUUUAGUCUCUGGUUGUGCUGAAUGGCAAGCAUGUUCCUCUUGUAAUGCGUCCAGCUCGAAAUUCAGAAAAAUGGGAUGCUCUGUUGUAAUGUCGUGGCUUAUAGUAAAAAUUAUUUAAUGCAAACUUCUAAUUAUACUGUUUUGGCGAGUAUAUUAUUAUUUCCUAAGAUAUUUAAUCGAUCAAAGGGAAUUUUCUAUCUA